AUGGACAGCGGAGUGAAGCAUAUCAAUGUGAUUGAGCUAGUCAAGAUUGAUUGUAAACUCAAUCCAGUUAAUGCGUUGAUCAUGGUCGCAUGCAUGGACCACGAUCAACGCAUGGAAAGGGAAGUACAAGGCUUUGUGUCACGGUCGCAUGCAUGGAAAAAUAAGUACAAGACUUCAGUCAUCAUCUUGGACAACUCCGAACAAAACAUCAGCCUCAGUCAAAUCCUUGCAGCACUCCAACACCUUCAACAAGAAAAAGCAACUCUCCAAGAAUCAUCUCCUCUCUUGCAGGAUUUUGAUGCCUUCAUGGAGGAAUUUGAAGCAGUAUUUGGAUACAUCGACAAAGCCAGGAUGCAGCUGACCUGCAAUAUUACUUGGGGAGGAGCGGCAUCGAUCAAUCAGUUUUGUUGCGGCCUUUGUGACGAUGUCCAAGUUCUUUUUCUGACGCUUUUGGAUACUUCAACUCUUUGUGAAGCUAUCACACAGGACAUUCAGUGCGACAACCGCCUGUUUGGACGUUGCCAAGAGAAAAAGAUUAUCUCCAAUGCCCAACAUCACAUCAAUCAUUCCAUAGCGCCACCCUUGGCCCAGCAAGCAUUAGCAGUUGUCCGUCCAGCCUCUUUUGGACCUAUUUCCAUGCACAUAGACGUGACCAAAUUCAAACCUUUAAUAGAGGCUGAGCAACUCUGUCACGGAGCACACAACUUGUGCCUUUACUGCGGGAAUCUGGAACUUAUUGCGCGUCAUUGCCCUCUGAAAUUUGCCAAACUGCAAGUGAUAUAA